AUGGUCCCGAUAGUCUUCAACUCUGAAACUAUUUCAGGGAUUACUGGGUCUAUCUCAAUAGCAUGCUGGGUUAUAGUGUUUGUGCCGCAGAUAUACGAGAACUUCCGCAGGAAGUCUGCAGAGGGGUUAUCGCUUCUGUUUGUGGUCCUAUGGUUGGCAGGUGAUAUUUUUAACCUACUAGGUGCGAUUUUACAGCAUUUGUUGCCGACGAUGAUUGUGCUGGCGGCCUAUUACACUGUUGCGGAUAUCGUUCUUUGGUUCCAGUGUGUGUUUUACGGACAGGAUAGCGAAGUGGAUCCUGUGCACCUUUCUCCUGCAAAUCCAAUCCACGAUGGUAUCUUGGAUGAGGUUCUUAACGAGCGGCAGCCGCUGCUGCACGAGCACGAAGCUGCGGAGAAUUUGGACAAUGAAUCUCAGGAGACCCCCUCCUCUAUUGCUAAAGGAGCAGAAUCUUCCUUAGAUGUCAUCAAACGUCGCAGUCCCAUCAGAAGGUAUAUUUUUAAUGCGCUGGUCGUCAUUACCGUGGUCCUUGGUGGUUUCCUUGCGUGGUAUGUAUCAUACAGUCGCAACUACGGCUCAGAGCCAGUGGAACCCGAUCUAAACAUGAAUUUGCUAGCUCAAAUCUUUGGUUACCUAUCUGCAGUUCUCUACUUGGGCUCCCGUGUGCCUCAAAUUCUAUUGAAUUUCAAGCGCAAGUCUUGUGAAGGUAUCUCCUUCCUCUUCUUUCUGUUCGCAUGCCUAGGCAACACCACAUUCAUCAUAUCUGUGUUGAGCAUCUCAUUGCAGCCCCGCUACCUACUUGUUAACGCAUCUUGGUUACUGGGGAGUAUCGGUACUUUAUUAAUGGACCUACUUAUCUUCGGACAAUUCUUCAUCUACGGGGGGGCUAAUGAAAAGGAGGCCGCCACGCGGAUCACGCAUGAUACAUUCGAAGAUGCGGCUACUUAA